AUGGCCGAGUGCACAGACGUAAAUACAAAAUUUCCUCAUAUAUCAUUUAAUAAUUCGAAAAGUUUUCAUUCAACAUCAGAAGGUAAAGUUUGGACAAGAUUAUUAAUUCAUCUAUGUUGGUGGUUACAUGACAUGUACGAAAUCAAAGAUACGGAUACAAAUGCAAAAUUCGAAUAUAUUGAAGAGAAAAUUAGUCUAUGUCAAAAAUUAUUUCCUGGUCAGUUUAAAUUAAUGUUUUCAGAUCCAGAUAUUUCUCCAAAUGAACAACAUCCUUUAUUGAUAUGUCGUGAAGAUGAACAAAAAAUUAUAAUUGUUGUAUUUCGUGCAACUGUUUCAUCAAAGUCUCUUCAAGAUGUCUUUACAGAUAUUAGCAUCCAUUCAAAUCAUCAUAUGUAUCUUGGUGAUCGACAUUCGGGAUUUUCGAAACGAGCUGAAUCAGGUCCAUUACUUGCUGUUACAAAUUGGCUACGUAGAGGAUGGAAAAUAAUUAUUACAGGACAUUCUCUUGGUGGUGCUGUCAGUCAAUUGUUUACGGCACAAGUAAUUAGCAACCUCGUUGAAGCUGGUUUAUUACCCGAGAUGGUUUCAUUACGUUGCAUUACCUUUGGAACACCUCAAUGUGCUGAUUAUCAUUUUUGGAGCAGUUAUACAAAAUGGUAUGAUGUCUUUGAUACAUAUAUGUCGGAGUUGACUCUAAAAUUCAGUUGA